AUGCCGGCGCGGAUGGGACACGACGAUGUUAUCCGUGUGCUCAUCCCGCACAUGUCGCGAGCCAAUGCCCGCAGCUCGCGGAAUAUGUCUGGCGAGUCGGCACUGCACCUUGCAAUGCACAGUGGGAAGGAAAUGACGGUUCGAUUGCUCGCUGAAUGGCUUCCAGACGGCGUGUACGCCGUGGACUGCACCUGGAGGACGCCUCUGGCGGUCGCCGUGCAGAUUCAGCCCGCGGAUGCUGUUGAAUACCUCGUUGAUAAAGGGUUCAACAUUGCGACGCGCGAUAUCGAGCACAGAACACUCCUGUACCAUGCAGUUGAUCGAGGCAGCGAGCCAAUCGUGCGGCUGCAGUUGGAAAGGAAAUGCCCAGUACGCAAGGGGAAGGCGGGGAUCGUCCGGCUCUUCCUCGACCAUGGCAAGUUUGCGGAGCAUCGCGAUAGAGACGGUUAG